AUGCCCGAUAUAUGUACUAUUGGAGAAUCUGUUAACAUUUUUGAAGAUGAUAUCCAUUUUAUUAGUGAAGCCAUUGUUCAUGAAUUAGAUCAUAGUUCUUAUUUUAACGAUGCUCUUAUGGACACUUUAAAAGCAAUUGUCUUUGAGCAACCACACAAACAACAUGCAAUUGCUUUAAUUAUACUAGUUGUCAAUAAGAAAAAUCCCAACGCUGGUAAAACUAUUUUCAAUCAUUGUUUGAAUGAAUUUCAAAGAUGGUUAAGAGAAGUUGUGAAUCCAAAUUUUAAAUACGUUUCAAAUGAGACGGGCGCUUGGAAUAGAAUAAAAUUGUUACUAAGGUUCACUUCUCUAUUAUCACCAAUGAUUAAUACAGAUGAACUCAUUUCAAUAUUUAAAACAUUUUUCGAAAUUGUUAUUGACAUUAACAAGGAAUUUCCUGAGCAAAGAAACCCAUUAGCUGAAAUGAUUUAUACUAAUACAUUAAUGAAUAUUCCAUAUUUAUUUUUCUUUGAUAGGAUUAAUCCUGAAUUAAACUUAAAAGUCGAUCAACUUUUGAACUAUGUUGAAAAUAAUUACAAACCAAAUUCUAUUCAAUUGGAGUUGACAAAUGAAUUUACUAAUGAUGUUCAUGGUAGAAGAUUAGAAUAUUCCCAAGUUAUUUUACCAAAUGUGAAAGCAAUUUUAUCGAAUGACAAAAAGUUACUGUUUAAUUUUUUUCCAAACUAUAUGAACCUAUUACCAACUCAACCCAAUAGGAUUAAAUUUAUGAACCCAAUUAAAUUUCCAUUGUAUUCAGAUUUAAUAAGCUAUAACAAACUUGAUACUUAUUUGGGUUCAGUUACAAGUACAUGGUAUACUCCGAAAUAUAACUUCCAAAUUUUAAUGCAAGAUAAUAUAUGUGAUUUUGAAACAGUGAUGCCCUUCGAUUCUUACCAAGGCUUUUUAUUAAAAGAUAUCAUAACAGAUAUAGUAGAAUCUAUGGAGUUUAAUAUGAAAGAAGUUGCAAGACAAGUUUUUACCUUAGAUAUGUUUUUUAAUAGACGUAUUUUUGCUCCACCUGGAAUAUCUAUUCCAGAAUUAGAAAAAUUGAAGGCAAAUGAUAACAGCAUAUCCACUUAUAAGCUGGAAGAUAUUGCUAUUGAAACUAUCCUUUCCUUAAUGUUUAAUCUUCCAACGGUCACUCAAUCUUUCUGCUAUUAUUUUAAUUUACUAGUCAAUAUUUGUAACGAAUCUUCUAGAUCUAUAGCUCCGAUAUUUGGAAGGGCAUUUAGAUUUCUAUUUAGAAAUCUAAUUUCAUUGGACUUUGAACUAAUUUUGAGAUAUUUAGAUUGGUUUUCGUUCCAAAUUAGUAACUUUAAAUUUAGUUGGAAAUGGUCUGAAUGGGAAGAUGAAUUUAAUAAAAUAAAGAACACUCCGUAUCACCCAAAAAAUAUCUUCAUAAGAAAUUUAAUUAAAAAAGAAUUAAGGUUAACUUCUAACAAAAUUGAUAUUGAGGAAUCCCUUACGGCUCCGUUUAAAGAGUGCAUGUAUGAUGGGUUUUUUUCCAAUGAUAUUUUGACAAAUUUUUAUAACUUGUUGUUCGAAGGAUUUGGAGUAACUUAUGAUAUGAUUUCAAUGAGCAAUAUGAUAUUUAAUCAUGAAGAUAUGCCCAUGAAUGAUAUUGUGAGCGGCAUAAUUGAUUAUUUUCAUGAAGAUAUUAAGACUAAAAACGUCAGUAGUUUAGAAACACUUCUUGAGACGUUGAGGAAAGAUCAUAUGUCAAUUAUAAAAGAUUAUGAUGAGUUUGUUACCAUUCUCUUAACUCACUGUUUGCUUUAUUCGGGAAGAAGAUCAUUAUCUCAUACUAAUAAAUACAUCUCAGAUUUUUACGAUGAUUUCACUCAUAUUUUUAAUACUAGAAACACUGAUAAAAGCAAGACUGAAUUUUGGAUCAUAAAAAGUACGUUAAUGUUUUGGAAUUCCAAUUCGCAAACUGCUUUUUUAACACUAGAUGGCUUCAGGCAGUAUGGUUUAGUUUCAUCUAAUGCUCUAAUAAGGUUUUGCUUAAAAGAUGAAGAUGGCAAAAUACCAGCUAUUAUUGAUAGCACUGCAACAGAAGCAACGUUGAGAGUUUUACAUCAAGAUGUUUCCCAUACUGAAGAUAUAUUUGAUGAAUUACUUGGUAUAUUUGAUGAGUUGUGUAAAAUAAUAAAAAAUUCAUUUGAUAAAAAAGGAGAUAUCCAUGGUUUGAAAGAUACUGGACUCAUGACACUUGAUGAAAAUAUUGAAAAUAUGUAUUGGAAAUAUUCAAUGUCACUCCGAUUCUUGAAAACAAUUUUAAGAAUGUUUACUGAAGAAUAUAAAUUAGUUGAAGAUUCUUUACUAAUAAUUCUAGAUAACACUAUAGCAGAACCCGUUAUUAAAGCUAUAAUAAAUAAAUAUAUUACAGAAUUAACUAUUUUAUGA